AUGGCUUUCAACAAAUCUUCCACUUUCUUCCUAACUAUUAACAUCCUCUUCUUUGCAGUCACACAGGCUUGCUUCACUUGCCACACUCCAUCUGUUCCAUUGCCGGAAAAACCCAUUGCUCCAAAGGGAAACUGCCCUAGGGAUGCCCUGAAACUGGGUGUGUGUGCUAAGUUGCUUAAUGAUUCCAUUGGGACUGUCAUUGGUAACCCACCGGACCACCCCUGCUGCUCAGCCCUUGGUGGCCUUCUCGACCUUGAAGUCGCAGCCUGCCUUUGCACUGCUUUGAAAGCCAAUGUUCUAGGGAUCAACAUUAAUAUCCCUAUCUCACUUAGCCUUCUUGUUAACACUUGUGGCAAAGAGCUCCCAAAGGAUUUCAUUUGUGCCUAG